GGCAAUGGGGUCGAACUCUGAUGGAUAUUUAGUGCCGUGCGCCUAUUGCAUCGCACUGCUGGACUUCAUAUCCGCCGUGCUAUUCGCAAUUAUCUCAGGAGUGGUAUUUGCCAAGCAUGGUAAUUGGUCAGCCUUGGUGGCACUGAUCUUUACCAUCUUAUGGAUGGUCAUUAUCAUAGUCCUUCUGGCGGGUAUCUACAGGAGGAAACUAGGAUUGGUGCGAUUUUGGUUGGUGUUCACGUGCCUGGGCAUACUUCUAGAUGGAAUUAUACUGCUUUAUGGUCUGACUUUGGCCAUAUCAGUGAACUGGGAGGGUGUGAAGAUAACAGUGCUGCCAUUCGUAGGAUUGGCUGUGGAAAUGACCUUUGUCUACAUCGUUUAUCUAUUUUAUCUGGAUAUGAUUGGUUAUAUUCCGCCGGAAACGCGCUACGAAGAGCGUCCCAGAGAAAAGAGUGGCGGCCAGGUGGAAUAUUCCGAAGAAAAAGAAAAGGAAAAGCCCUCGGAUCGCAAGGAUCUUAAACGCAAGGAAAAACAAGCCAAGGAGCGCAUGAAGAAAGAUAAAGCUGUUCUCAAAAAACUACAAAAACAAAUGAAGAAGUGAACUUAUUUGUUUUUUUAAAAC